CAGUAUUACAGAGAGUUCGUAUCCUCAGAUACUUUCCCUCUUCUCUAUUGGGAGUUUCCUUGUUUGUCCUGAAUAAAGACAGAGGUGCUGGGAGUGAACCCUACUUGGGAUAUUGCCAGAAACAUUCCCCAUUGUGCAGGAAGAGAUGAGGACUUGGCUUCUGCAAGUGCCCAAAACUCUACAAUCUGCCUUAGCCCUUCAGCUGCCUUCCUAGUUCUGCAGCCGGUUUAAUAGCAGUUUACAAAUAGGAAAGCCAUAGAACUUUCUUGGAUCUCUAAAAACUCUCCAGGAUAAUUCCAUCCACACCGUUGGACUGUAGCCUUGCCUGUCAGGAGUGUAUUUAGGGCAUCGUCCGCUUCAUCCUGACACCCUUGCUAGAAUUAUACAAGCCUAUUCUUUCUUGUCCCCCCCUUCCACAUCCCCCCCACCCCCCUACCCUCCCAGGCUUGCCUGUCGCACAAACUGUCAGAGCCCUAACAUUUCCUCUCCCUUUUCUGUGCUGGUAAAAGGCUUUUCCAAUUGCUGCCUGAAGAAGAGAGCGGAUAGAGUGUUUCAGAAGUGCCUGAAAGGAGAGCUGCCCCUCCUCACACCAUCUGAGGGAAAGCGUCCUGUGUGUGCCAGACCCUGCAGGCUGAAGUCAUGAUUUUGGGGAGUAUUAACAGAGGUGGUACUAUGCCUGCCCUAUUUCACAGCCCUCCAGCUAUGGUCCAGCGUCAUCUGAAUAUUAAACCUUUCCUCUCGUUUCCUGUGGAACCGCAGCCAGCUUUGGGUCUUUUCCCCAGGUUCAGCACGAUGGAUCCCAUCCACAAGCCUCUGAUGAACCCUAACUUUGGAGUCCCACUUUUCAAGACAAAACGGCCGGUCAUCUCCUGCAACGUGUGUCAAAUCCGCUUUAACUCAGAGAAUCAAGCUGAGGCGCAUUAUAAAGGGAACAGACACGCACGGAGAGUGAAGGGGAUCGAGAAUGCCAAAACCCGACAAAAAGAGGGACAGCAAGAUGGUGACAGAAACACCCCACUGAUCAGCCCUGUACCCAGUGCCAGCGAGAGUGAUACAGACAGCAAAGAUCACCAAGGGAGCGACGGCGCAGAUUUACUUUUUGCCGAGAGUCCAGAGACCAUGAUCACGCAUGAAAACAAUGGUCCAGCUGUACCUGAGUAUUCACAGUCCUCAUCUGAGACAGUCGGAGGUUAUACAAAUCCACUUCCCUCUAGUGCCCCUGUAAGCAGCGGGGCUAGCCCAUCUACUACAGAGAGCGAAGAUGAAAGAUCCAAGAAGUCGCUGUACUGUGCCCCCUGCAAAAUAACCGUAAACUCCCUCUCACAACUGGAGGCUCAUAACAAAGGUACAAAGCACAAGACUAUCCUGGAGGCUCAAAGUGGCCUGGGUCCUAUAAAAGCCUAUCCGCGACUUGGAGGGCUGAGCAAUGGUUCAAGUGGCCCUCUGGACUCCACCACCCAGGAGAGGACUUUUCACUGUGAGAUCUGCAAUGUUCGAGUCACCUCUGAAGGGCAGCUGAAGCAGCACAUCUCAAGCCGCAGACAUCGUGAUGGUGUGUCAGGGAAGCCCAACCCUCUGCUGAGGCGGCACAAGAAACAUCAAACUCUACAGGAACUUGCGACUAGUCUGAUGUUCUCCAAGGAUCUUUCUAAAACAUUAUCUGCAGGGCUUCUGCCCAGUCCACUGGCAGUUGCCAUGGCGGCUGCUGCUGUGUCCUCUCCACUGAGCUUACGUCACGCUGGGAAUCCUCCCCUUCUACAAGCUCCUACUCUCACACACCAUCUGCUGCGACCAGCUCCUGGGCCCAUCAGAACUGCACACGGGACUAUACUUUUCUCCCCUUAUUGAGGAGGACUCUCUAUCUUCUUGUUGUAACACUAAUCCACUGGAACCUGAACCUGCACGUAGAAAACCAGGACAGGACCUAACCAGUUGCCUCCUGCUCCAUUUAUCCCUCCCUCAGAAAUAUAUAGUAACUGGAUCACUCUGCAAACUCAUGAACAUUCUUUUCCCAGAACACGGACAGCAAAAGAGCCUGAAGGAUCUAACAGAUCAAACUAUGGGCUAAGAACAGUGAUUAACCAGCCAUUAUAAAGGGUGUGCGUAAAGAAAUAAGACUUGUGAUUAAUGGAUGCAAAACUGGGAAUGGACAUUGUUUGGGCAUUUUAUAUCCUCAUUGGGUCAAUUUAAGUGACUCUGUGGAUAAAUAAUGUGUCACUUUGAAGCAACUCAGGUGAUGAAUUGGAUACCGUAGGAACUGUUUCUGGUGUGUACGAGGGGUUUAUUUGUACUGUUGUGUUAGAAUAAGCCGUCUCCUUUACAGUAAGGAGGAGCAGCUCGGCAAUGUCUUCUGAUAGCCCAUUGAGACUUUCUAACACGCUGGUCCAUUCUUGCCCCCUAAUAAUCUACUUUUUUUCCCAAUAACUUCAGGAACAAAAGGCAUACGAUUUACAAUCACAAACAAAUUAUAUGUAAUGUCUUUACUGCUUUACAAAAUGUGUUGUACUAGAUUAGAAAUUGGGGGGGGGGAGGAACAAAAAACACAUAUAUGCUGUAAAUGUACAAUAGUAGUGAGAAUUCCUAUGCAGUUCCCACAGGACCACAGGGUGUCUACACUGAAAUAUUUAGCCAUAGGUUAGUUUUGUACCACUUGGGCGCUCUCGGUGGUAUAGACUUUCUAGACCAGAGAUCGACAACAUGUAACUCUCCAUCUCUUGCAGAACUCCCAUUCCAGCCCCAAACUAUCAUGGUAUGCUGGGUAUUGUAGUUCUGCAGCCCCUGGAGAGCCAUAGGUUGCCUAAGCCUGCUUUAGACUGUAGAUUUUUUUCAUGUUAAUGUGUCCUCCUACACUAGUGAUGGACAUAUUUAGUUAGAGCAAUACAGACGUUUCUGCAAGCCACAAAUGCAUUGUGUAAAUGGGAAGGUAAAGUGGAGAAACUGUCACAAAAAAAGAUGAGGCUGGUGGUGAUAAAGUGUUAGAGAAGCAAUGUGCAAAAGCUUUACGUUUACUUUUGCUAAAUGUACAAUAUGUUGCAAAAUGUUUGGCAGUAGACAGGACGUAUAGGAUAAUAUACAGAGCAAACCAGCACUUCUCCGUAGUGCUUUGGAACUUUCCUCAUCUUCAUUGUCCUUCAACCAACAGAACACUGACAAAGCCGGUCAAAUGUUGGUUUAUGCCCUUCCAACUAAAAUAGUCCUGCCUUAUGCUUCUGAUGUCAGGAUAGAACAUGGAAGAUAUACAUUCUCUCUGCCCAGUGCAUGUUCAGUAAUUCUGGAAUGAGGUACAUUACCACUAUUGAAAGUACUUGCACAACUAUUUGUCGUCUACAGAAGAGGCUUGUGUACUGUGACAAUCGUUUUAUUUAUUUGACAGAUGAAUUCAUCCUAAAGACUAUGCAAUUGUUGUUGUGCUUACAUAUGCACGUCUUCGUCUUCAUAACUUACGUAUCGGUACUUCACCUCAGCGCUGAGACGGCUGUUUGUUAAUAUAAUCAGCAGUAAGGGUGGAAUCAGGGCAUUAGUCAAAAGCUGGGUACACACUAGACGAUGUGGCCGAUUCUGACAGUCACGAUUUUGUCUAAAGUGUAUGCGCUAUGUGGCUGAUCAUCAUGCUCCAGUGCAUCAUCAGCAACAUCGCCCAUCGGCUGCGCAUGCAGGUCCAUCGGUGAUGUCGCCAGCGAGGGCCAUGCUGCUGCAUGGCCCUAAGACGGGGGUUACCAAAUUCUGCCAUUACAGUCAAGGCUUUAAGUAUAUCCUAGAUGGUUAAAUCAAAUUGACUGCUGUACUAAUUAUGGUGUCUGCAUACAAAGCUUUGGUGAGAGGUAAAGUGGUUGAAGAUUUAGGGGCUGGUGUACUAAGACUUAGGGGGAUAUCCAAUUAUCCCCGUUAAAACAUCGGGUCUUUUUUCCGAUGUUUCACCGAUUUUUAUUUUUACAGGCUAUCCAGAUGGAUCGCCUGUAAAAAAAAAAAACCUUUCUCCUGAAAACACACAGGUUCAGUGAAACCUGUGUGUUUUCGUGUGAAACAGCCCGAUUUUCGGACGAAAACGGGGCUGUUUCCGGGGAUUCUGCCUCGCCUGCUGGAUGCAGGUGAAACAAAAUCCCUGAUAAGCCGCGGCACGCGCCGGCUUAUCGGGGCUAAUUAGAUAGCCCCCAGCGGGACAAUUAGCCUGGUAAAUUACCGGGGCUAUGGAUAUCCCCCUUAGAGAGAGAUGAAGUACUGUACCAUCCAAUCAGCUCCUAACUUAUCUUUCUAACACAGCCUGUAACAUGACAGCUAAGAGCUGACUGGCUGGUACUUUAUCUCUCUUCGCUUUAUCACUCUGCAAGACUUGUACGUCUACCCCAAAGUAGAACCAAUCAGCUCCUAACUGUCAUAUUAGCUGUGUUUGAAAAAUGACAGAAGCUGGUUUGUUUGUACUUUAUCUCUGUCCUCUUUAUCUCUCUCCAAGACUUUGUACAUAGGGGUCUAAGUCACCUGUGCUCAAGCAUGGAUAUCCUUAAAAUAUGGACUGUAAUGGCAGAGUUUGGGAACCUCUGGUCUAAGGCUGGGUACACACUGGCCGAUAGCGAUGGUCCGUCGGCCAGUGUGUACUAGCAAUAUGUCUGUGAAUGCCGUCGUUCACAGACAAAUCGCGUUGGCCCUGCAACAUAGACGAUGGACGAUAUAUCUACAGAUAUAUCGGUCCAUUGUGUUGUGUGUGCGAGUGGUCAGCCUACCGCCGGUGCUGAUUGACAGUGCAACUGUGCGGGCGCAUGUAAGUAAAUGCCUGCUCAGUUUGUGUCGUCAGUCACGACGGAUCGGGCAGUGUGUAUGCGCUAUAGAUAUAUCUGCAUAUCCACUGAUCUGCUGAUAUAUCUUCCAGUGCGUACCCACCUUAAGAAAAAGAAAUCUAAUGUUGUCAAUUUUGUUUGCAGCACUUAAAUCUUUUAGUAUUAAACAGUCUGACAUGUAGCAAUAAGAUAGGGACAAGAAGAAAGCCAUUGCAUGACCACUAACUAGCCAAAGAGCUCAUAAGUCCAGAACAUAUGUGACAGAUAAAGCAAGUUUACACUCUUAAACAAUAAAGUAGUUGCCUCAAUUAAAGCAAAAUCAAUUUCUACUUAAUUGUGUGCAACUUUUAGGUUUUGUUUGGCAAAGGCAAUAAUUACUGAGGCUCAGGCGAUAAAGGCGAUUUUCAGUCUCUGCGAUUAUAUCUCCUGAGAUUAAUCUUGUAGGAAAACAGGGAUAAUAAGCGAUUAAUCUUGUGAGAUUUAUUGCUCAAAGGAGAAAAAUCGUACCGUCUUCUCUGUUUCGAUUAAGAUUUACUGCCCAGAAUCACCGAAAAAUUUCCCAAAUAUAAGAUUAAAUGCUUAUCAUGUUAAAGUAUAUGGAGGAAACGAAGUGCCUGAAAGUAAUGCAGGGUGAUUACAUUGCAGCACUGCACAACUGCUGAAACUCCUGGCACAUACGUACCAUUGAGGGUAUGCAUAGAAUGCUGUUGCGCACAAUAGAGUCGUUUGCAAUAGAGCUUGCGGCGCACAACCAUGGGCGGUGACUGGGAGUUGACCUAAAGUGUUUGCAAAAAUGAUGGGUGUGCCACGGUUGUGUUAAUUGGCCGCGUUCCCAAAUGCAGAACUACAACCACAGGACCCAUAUUUAGACAAAUUUGAGAAGGAAGCAAGCGUCAAUGGUGUGAGUGUUGGUGGCGUGUUCAGAACCACCGCCACGGUUGCACUGUCCAUGGACAUUAGAAAUGGCGCCUCAGUGCUGGGACUCUCCUUCACACACGGGUGCACAAGAGGAAGGCCUUCAUUAGCAUGUGCACAUUAUCGCUCCCCGCUAUCGCAGACGCAGUAGUGCCACCUCUAAAUCCAGCACAGAGAUACAAUUAGCAUUCCGUACCUGGGGGAUACAUGGCUAAAAACUGACGGUGGAGUCUGUAGCCCUUAUAGUGCUCACCUUUUAUAUUUAUAUCAGUCCAUAUGUAUGUAAGAGUCCGAUCAUGCUGCUUGAAUUAAAUGGCUUCCUGUGACCAAUGGAGAGAUUGAGUAAAAAAUUGGUGAAGACAAAUGUACACGUGACGUGUAAUGCAGAUUUGUUGUUCAACUUACAGAACAAGUUGUAAGAAAAGGUAAAACAAAGGUCUACACCCCUCCCUUCCCCUUCCCAAGUGAACAAAGGGAAAAAGGGUUCCUUUUCCGUCAACCCUACAGCCAUGGCUACAAGGGCGUUCCGUUCUGUACACCUUCUGUCUAUUACCCCAUGUACAUACUGAAAGCUAAAAGCCAUUAGUUAUUCAUAUUUCUAUUUAGUGAGUAAUGUCCAUUGCUUAGGUGCACCUCCUUAUUGAAUUUGAUUCCAUAUAUGGGCUCCAAGUAUGCCAAUCUGCAAGUAUACAAAUAGCAGCAGUUUACGCCGUUGCUGCCUGAUGGCCUGCUUCCAAGAUGGAUUCAGUGUUGAGGUUAUAUGCUAUGGAGCAUUGGCGGUCACAGAGGGGAUUUAUUUGCAAAGUGAGUGAUAAGCAGGGAACUAUGUGAGAAAUAAUGGGGGGGGGGGGGGGUAACUCAAAUGCAUGCUUACCGGAGGCUUAUCACAGUUUGCUUUGGCGUCUUCUGACAGCCAUGCUGUGUGACUACACAAGCUACAUAAUGGAGCCUCCAACAAUGGGCAUUUCACUACAGAUCCCGGCGGCUGAGACAUUUGCAUAUUUUUGCACAGCCGCUCUGUACUAAAUGGCAGCUGCGAUGACAUUUGCACACAUCUAUGAAUCAUGUUUCUUCUACCCCAGUGAAACACAUGUACAAACAUUGGGACUAAACAUGGUCAACCUUAGCUUUUUCCACUAGGGGCUGUAUUCAAUAAGCGUCGGAAGCUGCCGUCUUGUCAGAAAGGGGUUCUGACCUAUUCAUUAGGGCCCCAUUUUUGCCAACAAGACGGGAAAUCUGACUUGUCGGAAUACACGCCGCCGAGCCGCAUGUAUUGUCGUAAGCACGUUCAACCCAACAGUUUUUAUCCCCGUUUCCAACAAUGUCAAUUCGACGUUAAAAAAAGUCGGAUUGGCAGUGUCAGGAACGGGCCAAACCUGACGGAUUUGGCCAUCGCACUGAAUUCUGACCUGUCGGAUCCUUUCCGUUGGAAAGGAUCCGACAGGUAUUGAAUAUACCCCGAAGUAUUUUCAUUUUAUUUUGUUAUUGAAUAACUAGAAUUUAGGGGAGAUAAGUUGUGUUUCACAAAAGUUUAUUAUUUCUCAGUUGAUAUUGCAUUGAUUUAUGUGCCUUGGGGGUCUAUGUACUAAGCCUUGGAGAGAGAUAAAGUUCACGGAGAUAAGCUACCUGCCAAUCAGCUUCUAACUGCCAUGUUACAGACUGUGGUUGAAAAAUGACAGACGCUUGGUUGGUUGGUACUUUAUCUCCAUCUACUUUAUCUCUUUCCAAGGCUUAGUACAUAGACCCCUAAGUUUGCCAAUAGCUUCCCUUUGAAAUGUUGGGUUCCAGGUAUGUUUGUACCCUAAAAAUAACUCUGCGCUUUAGUGAAUGCCCUCAUGCUUUCUAUGGCUUGGAAUGCCACUGUAAUCUGUUCAGCUUUGUCACUGUAAUAGGUACAUGCCUACGAUACCUAGGGGUAGAUUUAUUGAACCUUCUAAAUAAGACUAGCACCUGUAAUGACUGGAUCGGAUUUUUGCUAUCAUUUUAUAGAAUGUAGUAGAUAAAUGAUAGCUACAAUUUGGUUGGUCGCUAUGAGCAACACCUUCACUUGUGCUCUUUCAGGGGUUUGAUAAAACUUCCCCUUUAUAUAAGACCAUUGCCCUUUCCAUAUGCCUGUUUUCUAGCUGAAUUGGUCAUGCAUUCAUAUAUUUCUAUCUUUGCAUGCAAGUGCAAUUAUAUGACAUGCGUCUGUGCAUAGCGUUCAUACAUGACCACUUGUGUGCCACUAAUCCUGCUGCAUAUAUAUAUAUAUAUAUAUAUAUAUAUAAAUAUAUAUAUAUUUCCUUUCUUUCUUUUUUUCCUUUUUCUUUACUGGUCCACCACCACCCCCGCUGGUUUGAAGAGUAAUGCGCUUAUCCAUCAUGUCACAGGUCUUAUUUUGCACUUGGUAACACGGUUUCCAGGCACUAGGAAGCUGCAGCAUUGUGUAGGGUAAUGGGCCUCUGCUGAGACGUACGACUCGUACAACAGAUAUUAGCGCCAAAUCACUUCAAAUGCUGAUCCAAACUGAAGAGCUUGAAAAGGUUGGCUGUGCAAUAAGUUAGACGUGUGCUGGCUUUCGCAAUCAGGCACUCAGAAUUUUCUGCGACUUCAGGCAAGAAUGAAAUAAAUCAGAGUGCUGUAUAACCCAAAUAAUACCCAACUUAGAACUGUUCUUUGCUAUGAAUGCCGCAAACUCACCUUCACAGGCUGCAUCCACGGCCACAGUUUCGUGCCACACUGCAGGCUCCUGGCUUCUCAGCCAUAUCUGACAAACCUGAAUAAAAUGUCUUCCUCUUUAUAAACAA